UAGUUUAUAGAUUGUAACCCAGUGUAUUUUCAAUGUGCACGAGUUUAGUUCUAAAUUAAUACAGUUGCGUUGUGUUCACUUAGCGUGGGUCGUGCGGAGCCUCUCCACCUGCCGUCCGUCCAAACAAAGACCGCGGCGCUUCAACAGCUGCUGCUCGGGAGGGUUUCAACACGGACCGUGAGAAGAAAACGUCAUCUGCUCUACGCCCACAAACACGGACACAUUAACAGACAGACACAGAGCAUCAACUCCGCCUGUUCUUAAUGCCGAACACGCACCAGAGUUGUCUGGAGAAGUAAACCAGCCGUCUGGAUCCAGCACCUCGAGGGUCUGAUAAUAAGAACCAGGUUCCACUGGAACUUAAAUUUCCACGUACUGUGGCAUCAGCGGUUUGGCUUUGGCCAUGGUCCUGUGUGAGGACAGGGAGUGCACCAUUUGUUUCUUGCCGUACUCUCGGCAGGACAGGGUCCCACGGAUGAUUCACUGCAGACACACCUUCUGCGAGCCCUGCCUGGAGACCCUGUCCCAGUCCCACAGUGGUCUGCGGACCGUGGGCUGCCCUCUGUGCCGCCGUGUCACCUGCAUACAACACGGUGUCAGCCUGCAGGAAGCACUGUGGGUCAACAGCUGGGUGUGGGAUCAGAUCCCAGAGGACGCGGAGGAAGAGGGGUUAAAAGAAGAAAAUGAGGAGGAGAGUGUGGAGGCUGAAAGACGACCAUCAAACCAAGCACAGAGGAGCUUCAGGACAAAACUCAAACUCCCAGUAUUCUUCAGAAAGUUCAGAUUUAAAAAGCAACGUGAAGAGAGGAUUGUGGUUAGUGGUAAUGUGGAGAUGAAAUCCUGGCGGAGGCUCUCAGCUGAAGACACGGAUCAACAGUGACACGUUACGGUUCUCCUCAGGAUAUUUGGGAACAAUAGAGCAGAGACAUUAGGACCCACGGUCAUUGUUUGGUUCCCAUCCAAAGGUGCCUCACAUUAUUUAUUCUGAGGUCCACUGUCCCAGCUGGUGCUGUGGGACUUGAUUCAGCUGUCACAGCGGCUUGAACAGAUGGCCUCCUGAGCAUACACACUGAUUUUAUUUCUUAACAUUUUUCAUUUAAAAUAACUGCACUGGAAAUAAAAUAUUUUAAAAUGUUAUUUGAAAAAUGAUUUCUCUUCAUAUAUUGUUGUACCUUUGGAAAGCGUGACAUCAUCUACACCAGAAAACAACAACAGCAACAACAAAACAUUCUGAUUUACACAAUACAUUAUGUUGACAAAUGACUGAAUAAAAUGAAGCAGAAUGAGAUUUACACACAGUUCAGUGUCAUUUAUAUUAUUUUUCUGGGGCAUGAUGAAGAACAGAAACGUGUUAAAAGGCUUGUUGGGCUGUGAAAGUGGAUUAUGAGCUCUAUUCACUGAGCAUCUGGCAAAUGUUCCACGUGACA